AUGAGAAAAAAUUUAAGUAUUUUUGAUACAUAUUAUGGAGUAAAAAUUAAUGAUCCAUAUAGAUAUUUGGAAUAUUUAGAAAGUCCAGAAACAUUAAAUUUUAUAUCACAACUUAAUAAAAUAUCAGAUGACGUUUUUAAAAAAUCGCCAUACAUAAAUAAUAUAAGAGAAAAAUUAAAUAAUUAUCUUAAUUUUGAUAAAUGUGGAUUAUAUUUAAAACAUGGAGAUUAUUAUUAUUAUUUUUGUGCUUCAAGAAAUGAAGACAUUUUUAAUUUGUAUCGUAAAAAAACGUUAAAUAGUAAAAAAGAAUUAUUUAUUGAUUUUAAAAAGAUAUUUAAAGAUAGAAAUAUGACUUUCAGUUUUGGGAGAUUUAGUCAGAAUGGUUCAAUAUAUGCUUAUGUUUUAAGUGAUGAAAAAUCACAAUUAAUGACAAUAAAUUUUAAAACAUCAAAAGGAAAAACAUUAAAAGAUUCAAUAAGUACUUUUUCAUAUACAGAUAUUUCUUUUGUCUUCAACAAUAAUGGAAUAAUAUAUUCUUCAUAUCCUGUUAUUUUUGACCAAAACUCAAAAAAUAAAUCAAGUCCAGUAUAUGGAGGUCAUUCUUUGUUUUAUCAUAAAUUUGGUACUCCACAAACUGAAGAUAUUAUGAUAGCAAAUUAUACCACAAACAAAAAUUAUAGUAUUUUUGGAUAUGUUUCAACUGAUGAAAGAUAUCUUUUUGCUUCUAUAAUAACUAAUUAUAAUUCAAUAGAAUCUAAUAAUAUGAUAUAUUAUUAUGAUUUAAUAAAUGUAAAGGAAAAAAAGUUUGAAAAAAAAAUUGAUAUGAUACCUUUAUUUAAUAAUAAUGAUGCUUAUUAUCAAAUAAUAACUUCUAAUUUAGAAGAAGUAAUUGUAUUAACUAGUAAAGAUGCUCCUUCAAAAAAAAUUAUCAAAGUAAAAAUUUCUGAAGCUCAUUUAGGAAAAAAAGUAUGGAAAACAUUAAUAAAUGAAGUUGAUACUAGAAUUAUAGAGAAUGCUUUUGUUGUUGGAAAAGAUUAUUUAAUAUUAAAAUGUUUAGAAAACGUAAGAAGUGUCCUUUAUAUUUAUUCAAAACAUGAUGGAAAUUUACUUCAAAAACUUGAUAUGGGUCUUGGAAUUAUUAAUUCUAUCUAUGGAAGUAGUGAAAAUGAUGAAUUAUUUUUUUGUUUUACUAAUCAAAUAAUACCAGGAAUUGUGUAUAGAGGAAAUUUAAAUGAGUUAAAAAGUAAUGGUAAAAUAAAGUUAAAAAAAAUAUUUACAAGAAUACCUAACAAUUUUAUAAUAAACAAUUUUUCUGUUAAACAAAUUUUUUAUAAUACUAGAGAUAAUAAAAAAGUUUCAAUGUGGUUAUAUUAUAUGAAUGACAUGAAAUUAAAUGGUAAUAAUCCAGUAUUUCUUGAAGCGUAUGGUGGUUUUCGUAUUUCAAGUACUCCUCAUUAUCAUUCAUCUAGAACAAUGUUUGUUAAAAAUUUUGGUGGUAUUUGGUGUAUUGCAAAUGUAAGAGGUGGUAAUGAAUAUGGUGAUGAAUGGUAUAAAGAUGGAAUUUUAGACAAGAAGAAUAAUACAUUUAAUGAUGUUAUUGAUGGUGCAAGAUAUUUAAUUUCAAACAAAUAUACAAAUCCUUCUAAAUUAGCUAUUUUUGGAGCUUCUAAUGGUGGAAUGGUAAUGGCUGUGGUAGGUCAACGUCAUCCAGAACUUUUUGGAGCAAUAAUAAUUGAAUCUGCUGUUCUUGAUAUGCUUCGUUUUAAUUUUUCUUAUUAUGGUGAACAAUGGAAAAGUGAUUAUGGUGAUACUAAUGUUAAAAAAGAUUUUGAUAAUAUUAUUAGUUACUCUCCAUUACAUAAUUUAAAAAUACCAUCAAAACCUAUUCAAUGGCCAUCAACAUUAUUAUUUACAACAAUUUAUGAUUAUAUUGUACCAUCAUUUCAUACACUAAAAUAUACAGCUACUCUUUAUGAAAUUCUUCAAAAAAGUUUAGAUUAUCAGACAAAUCCUGUUAUAGCAACUAUACAAAUGAAUCGAAGUGAACAUGGUGAAGGUAUUUCCAUUCAUAAUUUAGUAGAAGAUAAUGUUAAAAUAUUUACAUUUCUUCAACAAGCAUUAAAUUUAACCUGGAUAAAUUAG